CGGGGGGGCCUUCAGUGCCUGAAACGCGUUGGGUGGCGCUCACACCUAAGCCCAAAUGCCAAUUCUUUUUAAUAAUAUCGGCCUCAAUUAUGUGGCUUCUGGAGUUGUCACUAUUAACAGAGUUGUGGCGGAGAUCCCCUCUCACCCAGAGCAGCCUGUUGAUUUCGCCUUCAACACUAGCAACGGCACUACGAUUGUCACUUUCUUUUAUAAAAGACAGGCACGAUCGUAUACAGCAAUGAACUCGGAGCAGACCACACGCAGCAGAGAAGAUGAACAAACUCCCCUCUUAACAGGAUCGCAGCAGGACGAUGCCACUCAUGGCUAUCGCUUUGGUUUGGAGGACCAACGACCACCGAAAUACAAGGUUAUUCUUCUACUAUCCCUCAUUCUUACUUGCUACUUCGUCGGCGCCUCUAUUUUUGUUGUCCCUCUGAAUAGUCUGGCCGAUGAUUAUCUCUGCCGCAAAAUGUUCCCGUCCAGCCCAGAUGGAUGCAAGGGCGACCCUGCAGAGCGAGAUGCAGUCUCUGCUGAAUUUGCCGACAUCGACGCUUGGUCGCUGACGUUUACGCUUCUCCCAUCGCUGCUAUCAUCCAUACCAUUCGGUGUUCUCGCCGACAAGAUUGGUAGGCGGAUACCGUUCUUUCUCAACGUGAUUGGCCUCACUCUAAGCACUUGGUAUUCGGUCUUCAUUGUGUGCAACCUGGACUGCAUCGACGUACGCUGGUUGUGGGCAUCUGGUUUGUGGCUCGUUAUAGGCGGCGGCUUGCCAGUCAUGACCGCAACCAUCUACGCCUUCGUCAGCGACAUUACUGAUCCGGAAACAAGGUCGCAGACAUUCUUCUUUUUGGGCACCCUGUUUAUUAGUGCAAGCAUAGCCGGCCCUUUCAUUGCAUACUUCACCAUCCGCGCGGGCCUCUGGUUUUCCAUCUGGCUCGGAUUGGCAUUCAUUACCUUGACAAUUCCGCUCGCCUGGUUUCUGCCAGAGACACGGGUUCCCUCAAGCAGCAAGACACCAGGUGAUGAGACCGGAAAGAGCGCCAUCUUGCAGCAGAUUCGCACCGUCUGUCGCGAAACUGGCCGCGUCGCGCGAUACCAAUUCUUGGAGAAUACGGCUCUGGGCCUAUCCUUGUUUAGUUUGAUCUUCACAACACUUGGGAGAUCUCUACCCGUGGUUGUCGAAAAAUAUGCAAAUCGCCGCUACGGCCUGUCUUGGGCAGAGGUUGGACUGUUGGGAUCCGUGCGAAGCUUUGUUGCUCUGGGCACAACAGCAGUGGUGCUUCCGCUCGUGGAUGUUCUGCUCCGUAAGAAGCUCAACAUCUCCCUCGCUGCAAAGGAUAUGUGGCUGGUUCGAGGAAGCAUCUUGAUCAUGCUGCUGGGCUCCAUCUGCGUCGGAUUGUCCAAGUCGACAGUCAUGUUUGUCUCGAGCUUGGCCGUCUUUGGCUUGGGCUCUGGCUACGAGUAUGCCAUGCGUGGACUGCUUGCGCAGAUUGCUGGUGACAGCAUUGCUACGGUAUACACCACCAUGAGCCUUAUGGAGACGAUAGGCGAGCUGAUUGCUGGUCCAAUGCUGGCGAGGUUGUACCGCGUCGGUUUAGGCUGGGGAGGGGACUGGAUCGGACUGCCGCUGUUUGCAAUCGCGGGCUUGUUUACGAUUGCUGCUAUUAUUGUGUGGUUCAUCCGUUUGCCAGACAACUCCGAGGAACAAGAUGUUGGCCAGGAUUCGGAUUUGGGGCAAGCAUAAUCAUGUGUGUUCAGAGAGAGAAAUACGGAUUCGGUUCACGAAUUACCCACCAGGAUCAGGGUUGGAAAUGUAAUCAGGUUAAACUUAAUAUCAGGCUCUACCAACACUCUCUACUUGGAUUAGCAAUAAUAUGACACUAUAUCACCUUG